AUGACAGCACCACCGACACACGAGUCGCACUUGGCAGCAGUAGAAGCCCUCAAAGCCCAAGAAGCUGCUCUACGAUACGACCAUGCUACGCUCACCUCUAUGUCUCCAGACGAAUGCUGCGCCAAUUCUAUCUUGACCCGCUUGCGUGAUGCAGAUGUCCAAGCGAAAUGGGAGAAGGAAGGCGAUCUCACCAGCUUCCCCGGAAUGGACUUUUACGGCGCUAAAAAGAACGGUUUAGGUCCUGACAAACCAACCGAUCUGUGGAGGGCUGUUCAGAGGAUGCCCAAAGGAGCGCUAUUGCACUGUCAUUUUGAUGGGACUGUUGAUACCCGCUUCUUGCUGCGUCACGCGCUACAGACAAGCAACAUGGCAAUGAAGGCGGAUAUGCCACUAUCAAGCAAGGAUGUGUUAUGGAAAGCAACCGUGGAAUUUCUUGUCCUGCCAAAAGGAGCAAAGAAGACAACAACCAGCAUCUACUCGAAGGACUACAUCCCAGGAUCAUGGGUCAGCUUCAAACUCGCCCGUGACUGCUUCCCCUACCCGCAUCCCUAUCUCACCGAAAAGAACGGCUCGGCUUCCGAGCUACCCGAAGCAUUCUUCCCCACGAGUCCAUUCGACGCCUACAUCCACUCCCUAAUGACUCUCACCCCUCACUCAGCCGUCCCUGUCCCGACAAACAGCAAACAAGCAUGGGCCAAAUUCCGAUCGACGUUCGGAGUAAUCGCAGGACUCCUCGGCUACGAACCAACGCUUAAAGCCUACACUAAAGAACUCAUUCUCUCGCACGCACGCGAUGGAAUCUCGUACACAGAAACCCGCAUUAACUUCCUCGCCGAAUUCAUGGUUCGUUCUGAUGGCACUUACAACCUCUCCCACGAAGAAUGGGUCAGGAUCUUCAUCGAAGCCGUCAACGAAGUCAAGAGCGAGGUUAAGGAUGGUAGCUUUGUAGAUGCAAAGAUCAUUUACACCACAGUUAGGUUUAUCGAUAACGAAAGAUUGAGGUGGUAUUUGGAAGACUGCAUUGUGCUCAAGAAAAAGUAUCCCGAGUGGAUUGUUGGGUUGGAUCUUGUCGGUCACGAGGAUCCCCUGCUCCCUCUCAAAGUAUACAUUCCUGAACUGCUGCGAUUCAAGGCAAGGUGUGCAGAAGAGGGGUUGGAGAUCCCAUUCGUAUUCCACGCAGGCGAAACACUGGAAGAUGGAGGGGAUGCAGACUUGAAUCUGUACGAUGCGUUGGUGCUGGACACGAAACGCAUUGGACAUGGUGUUUCGCUCGCCCGCCACCCCUUGCUAACAGAUAUAGUCAAAGAAAGGGAUAUCUGUAUCGAGAUUUGCCCCAUCUCGAAUCAGAUUCUAGGGUAUACAGCAUCGAUCUGUUCUCAUCCGAGCUUGUUGGCGUUGCUGCAUCGGGAUGUACCUGUCACACUGAGUUCGGAUGAUCCGAGCAUUUUCGAAAACUUUGGAUUGUCGUAUGACUUUUACCAGCUGGCGGUCAGUAGUCAGUCGACAAGUCUGGGGUCGUUGAAGACGCUAGCGAGAAGAUCGUUGAAGUACACACUGGUGGGAGAGGAGGUGAAGGCGAAGAUGCUGGAAGACUUUGAUAGGAGGUGGGAUCAGUAUGUUGCUUGGCUUUUGAAGAAUUUUGGACACUUGGAAUAG